AGAAUUUAUGUUAAUAUAAUGAUUAGUUUAUAUUUAAAACAAAUACCUUAUUUGCGUAAAUGUCUAAAUAGAAAUUACGGAACUAUCUGGAAGGGUAUAUAGAGUGAACGAUUGAUGAAGCACCAAAAAUGGUGAGAGAGCAGCAAGCGACUAGAUAUCAAUGGCGGGAUUUUCCUUUGCUUUAUCUUUUUGCUCAAUUUUCCUCUUUGCAAUCACUGAAGCAUCCCGUUGUUCGAUCAUCGGGUUGCCCCUAGUAAGAAAUAUCAGUGAGCUUCCACAAGAUAACUAUGGAAGGGGAGGCUUGUCUCACAUUACUGUUGCAGGUUCAUUAUUGCAUGGGCUGAAGGAGGUGGAGGUGUGGCUCCAAACAUUUUCUCCUGGAUCGCACACACCUAUUCACAGGCACUCAUGUGAAGAAGUUUUUGUGGUUCUGAAGGGGACUGGCACUCUCUAUUUCGCUCCUAGUUCUCAUGAAAAGUACCCUGGAACACCAAAAGAAUUUCCUAUCUAUUCAAACAGUACAUUUCUCAUACCCGUUAAUGAUGCUCAUCAGGUUGGGAAUACAAAUGAACAUGAGGAUCUACAAAUGCUUGUCAUCAUUUCUAGGCCACCAGCCAAAGUGUUUAUUUAUGAUGAUUGGUUCAUGCCCCACACUGCUGCAAGAUUGAAGUUUCCUUACUAUUGGGACGAACAGUGUUUCGAAGCGCCGCCAGUGAAGGACGAACUUUGAUCACUUCGAUGUUGUUCAAAGUUGUUUUGUCCUUGCACAUGAAGUGUGAAGUCGUCGUACUCUCAAGAAAAUAGUGGAAAUAUGUGGAACUUUAGUGUGAAGAUCAUUCAAAUCUUCAUUGUUCUACUUCUACCUCUACUUCAUAUUUCUGGUUUUGUUAUGAAGUAUCAUAUUCCCCAAUCCUUCCUUAUACCAUAGGAAUGACAAAAACUGGAGUGAUUGCCAUUUGCUCUACAAGAUUUCUCCAAUGGGCAGAAAAAAAGGGCAGUGAAAGAUCUCACACAACAUUUGAGACAUUUGGUUGUGGAUGAAAGAUCUUCGUUUAGACCCAGUUUAGGUUCCCUUUGUGUGACAUAUAUGUCAUUUUGAAGUUUUGAUAAGAUAUUUGUUUGUUAAUAGAUCAGUUUUCAUUUA